CCGUGACAUUUACAUAUAUAAUUGUAUAGUAAGUAUAGGUAAUAUGUGGUAUGUAGCUAACCUAUAUAUAAAAUAUAUUUUCUAGUAUUAUCAAAUGAUCAAUAAAAUAAAAUGUGUACAUCAACUUGAUUUUUUACGUAUAGGGACCUAACGAGAUAAAAAUAAUAUGUAAGCUAUUUUUUUUUGUUCAUAUCUUGCGUAAUAACAACGUAGAUUGCUCUCGAACAUGAUCUAACUAUGGCAGUUUGACAUAGACACACAGUUUAACUGUAAAGUGUAGAAUGAAUGCAGGAGAGUUGUCACGUCAUUUUCUGUGAAAUGGAUCACUUAAAAGGUCGUGUGGCCGUGGUAACAGGAGCUAGCGCCGGCAUCGGUGCAGCAACUGCUAUUAAGCUAGUCAAGGCUGGCCUUACGGUGGUGGGAAUAGCUAGGAGGCUACAAAGACUUCAGGAUUUGAAAAAAACGAUGGAAGAAAAAAAUUUCAGUGGUCGGUUUUUUACAGUGGCAUGUGAUUUGACGAACGAAACAGACAUAUUGAACGCUUUUAAAUGGAUUGACGAAAAUAUUGGUGGUAUACAUUUUAUGAUCAACAACGCCGGAAUAAUAAGGAUAUCUACAAUUUUAGACGGUUUGACAGAACAUUGGCAAGAAUUAAUUGACUGUAAUGUAAUAGCACCUACAAUUUGUUCGAGGGAAGCUUAUAAACUGAUGAAGAAGUAUAACGUUAGUCAUGGGCAUAUUAUACAAAUAAACAGUAUAACGGGCCAUUCGUAUUCAAUUAAUCCGGGCAACAAGAUGUACAAUGCGUCCAAACAGGCUCUUAGAGUGCUGACCGAAGGCCUCCGUCACGAAUUGGCUGUGGCCGGUGAUGGCCACAUCAAAGCUUCCAGCAUCAGUCCCGGUUUUGUUGACACAGAAAUAUUUGAUGCGGCUAAACUGUCGCACAAUAAAAUGAAGCCGUCGGAUAUCCUGAGUGCAGAGGAAAUGGCCGAUAUGAUAGCUUUUGUAAUGUCAGCCGGACCAAAUAUAUUGAUCGCUGAAAUGAUUGUGUUAAGCCAAGGUCGUUGCAUCCAAUCGUACCCACGUACAUAACAUCAAACUGAAAAGGCAUGAUUCUAUAUAUAUAAUAUGUUUGAUUAUUAAAUAUGAUCACAUCAUAAUAAUGUGUAAAAAUGAAUCCAUGUACCAAUUGAGUUUUAACUUUAUCAGAAAGUUCUAGAAAUUAUUAUGUUUAUAAUUAUUUUAUGGCUACUAAAGUCGUUUACAGUUUGCGUUCUAAUAUUAUUAAAUACUAGCAGGUGUUACACGGUCAAGUUAAGUCGGUUUUAAAAAAUGUUUACAAUAUUUAGAUUUGAUAGUUUUUUUAUAUAUUUUAUAAUUUCAUACUUAUAAAUAUUUGAUUUUCUAGAUUUUGAAUUAAAUUAAUUUUGGUGAAUUCAAUAUUUUCAAUGUCAUUUUCUUUAAAUCUAUAGAAAUUAUAUUAAUAUUUUUUUUCUAAUUUAAUUAUUAACUAUCAAUUUUUUUUCCUAUUCGCUUCAUAUCAAUAUCAGGAUGUAUUAUUAUUUGUGAUGCAUUUGUUAAAACUAAAUUUUACUGGUAUUUAUACUAUCUAAUUUCGACGUUUCUGAUAGUUAUUAUAUCAUUUGUUUUCCUUCAAACUUAUUAAUAUUUUCAUUCCACAAAUUUAAUACAACCUGCAAUUAAUUUAUAAAUUAUUAAUAUUAAUAUCUAGUAAUUUACUGACCGUAUUAAAAAUUAUUGUCUGUUAUCAUUUCUAUUUAUGUUUUAAAAAUAGACUAAUGAUUUAUAUAUAAUAAAUUAAUACUAUUUUUAAUCAUUCAUCAAUCAAAAAGAUUUCUUGUUUUUUUAUGUUUCACCAUUUGAAGCAGAUAUUUCUGUUAGUUCCUUAAGGUCAUUAAUUAUGUGGAUUUAUAACUUUGUUUGAAUAUUUUCACUGGUAUAAUAUACUCGUUGACCAUUUUCCAAGUGCACUGAAAGAUUAAUUACAGUUUGAUAUCGAUCAUGUAUUUAAAAACCUAAAAUUCUCCAAAUUGCUUCAUUAUUACUUACAUGAUAUGUAAUCUACCAUUUUUGUAAUUUUCAAUUUCGUAUUCAUUUUGUAUUGCAAGCAUUGUUUGAUCACUUCCUUUAUGUAUAUAUUUCAAUAUAUAUAUUACCGCAUAAACAGAACUACAUAAUUUAACAUUUAUAUGAGCUUUCAUGACUUUCGAAAGAAAUGGGCAGUUCGGAACGACCCAUAUUAUUUACUUCGAAUGAUAUUUAUUAUUAAUUUUCAUAUUUAUUUUAGUCGUGAAUCCUCUAUAUUUUGUUUUAGAUCUUCUUCGAUAUAAAGGAUAUCCAUUAGUAUCGGUUCUUGUAUCGUCUAAUAACGAACGAGGAUAUUUAUAUUUCACGCUUUUUGAUCCAACAAAUAAUAUAUUAACAUUUAUAGAAAAAAAACUAAAAAAUUGAAAAUGUGCAUAAACAGCUCGAAAACAGCCAAAAUAUUUUCAAAAUUUUAUCAAGUAUAGCCUGUAUAGAAAUUGAUAAAAUAAACAUAAUUAUGAUAUAAAUUCCAGUUACACCUAAGUUAUUGAAAAACAACAAAAUAAGAAAAUCGUUCUACGAGACUUUAUUAAUUUACGGGAAAAUAUCCGAUAUCUAACUUCAAACGCUCUUAAAAACUUUAUUUGAAUUUCCUUUGGACAUUUUUUUU